AUGCCCCGGGCGGUGCCGGGCGCCGUGGGGAGCGGGACGUGCGCGGCGCCGCCGGGGUCAGAGCCGGGGGCUCACCGGGCGCGGGGGCUCUCCGCCGCCGGAGAGAGCGGACCCCCCCUUGGCCGCCCUCCGGGGGCACCUCGGCCCCUCCGGCGCUGGCACGUGGUAAGCCGCUCUUCAGCCAAAGAUUUUCCUAUCUGUCCCUCCCUGGAACUCUGUCCAUCAGGUUGGCUGUAUUUCCAGAGGAAAUGCUACUACCUCUCAGAGAGUGAAGCCAACUGGAACUCCAGUCAGAGCCUCUGCUCUUUGCACAAUGCUUCUCUCCUGGUGAUCGAAAAUCAUCAGGAACUGGAUUGA